UAUUUCAAGAUGCAUGGACUGUGAUCAUUUCCUCUGUCAAGAAUGUCAAAAGGCUCAUGGACGUAUGACUUUGAUGAAAUCUCACAAAAUCUACACACUGGCUCAACUUCAAUCAGGACAAAUUGUUUAUAAGAGUAAACUAAGAGAUGAAGUUCCCAAAUGUUGCAAGCAUCCAGAUCAGAAUCUUAAUGUCUACUGCAACUCAUGUGAGCGAGUCAUAUGCACAACUUGCUCUGUACUUGAUCAUGCAAAACACUCACUCACUGGAUUACCUGAGGCCGCAGAAAAAUGUAAGAAGAAGGUCACAGACAUGGUCCGAAAAAGUGAGAACAGAAAAACAGAAAUGAGCAGCACCAUAGAAGAAACGUGCAAAUCUCGCAAGGAGCUGGACACCAUGUUUGCCAACGCUCAAAAGAAACUCUCCAAAAAGGCUAAAGAGGAGAUUACAAAGAUCAAAUUGGAGGUUGCAAGGAUAGAACUGGGGAUUCCAAAAAUCCAAAAGGAAGAACAGAAAUUAAAGCAAGAGAUGGACAGGAUUUAUCAACACAGAGUCAGAACAUUUGAAGCUGCUCAGGCUACCAACAGGAAAGAGGUGACACAGACAGAGCACAAGCUAGAGGAGGUGAAACAACUCAUGAAUCAAGCAAGUUGCUGUGAGAUUCUUGAACUUCAGCAGAAACUCUUGCAUAACCUUGGUGAAUUGACAGGGAAACAGCCACAGCAAGUUCCUGACAAGUUGACCUUCAUGGACUUUGAAGAAGGUGAGAGGUCACUUGGGAGACUCAUUCUGGAGGAAGAGCCACAGGCUGCUGCAAGAUCAUGUGUGAAGGAGAAAUGGGAACUGAAGACUGAAGUCAAGAACUUUGAAUUAAGAAAUGCAUUCAUAGCACAUGUUGCAUCACUCUCUAGCAAUAAAAUAUUUGUACUAUCUAAAAAUUAUACUGGAAACAGUGGUGCACUAUUCACAGCUUCAAUUCCCACUAGUUACCAGGAACCAUCUCCUAUCCCACAAAGGCUACAUAUCAAUGGCCUCACUGAUGAUGUAAGGUGUAUUGCAGUGAGCAAGGAUGGCAAGCUCUUUGUUCUAGAUGGUCCAGAAGUCAAGGUCUUCAACAAGCAACAUCAGCUCCUCCAUCAGUUCACACCAGGUAGAGGGUCAGACAGCCAACCAACAUGCCUUGCAGUGGAUGACAGCAAUUUGAUGGCAGUGGGUUACAAAGGCCAGAAUGAGAUAUCUCUACACAACCCAGAUGGAUCUCUCAUUAGGAGAAUGUCUGUCCCAAUGAUCGGUAAUUAUCUGACAGUGUACAAUCACUGCCUGAUCUACACAAGCUGGAAAAACAAAAUGUUGGUAUGUGUAGACUACUAUGGUGCCAGUGUAUUCUCAGUAGAUAUCAGCAUACAGGGGGGUUGGUACCCUAAUGGUGUGUGCUGUGGUAGUGAUGGCAACAUCUAUAUUGCUGUGGGUGGAUAUUCAACAGGUUUUAUUCUGCAUUACAGUCCUGAUGGCAAGUACAUUGGAUGUGUGAUCAAGGGAUGUGGUCGUCCACGUGGCACCACAUUCACGUCAGAUGGUGAUCUGGUAGUGGCUGCAGAACAGUUAGUAAAGGUUUAUCACCAACUGUAAGGACAGAUUAAACUGGGCUUCCAUUGUAACCACCAACCACUUCCAUCAGAUAUUGAACAUGGCUAUCACUGAAAAAGAACUUUAAACCUAACCAAACUCAGCCCAUCAAAGUUCAACAGCAGGUUUUG